AGACCAAUGGGAGAGGAGAGCGCGAGGGGCAACGCGGUUGAGGGGGAGAAGCUGACAGCGCCGCAGGAAAGCGAAGCGUUCUGUCGCAGAACCGAACACACAACAGAACCGAACACACAACAGAACCGAACACACAGCAGAGCAGAAGACCGAAGAAUGUCAGUGAGCGACUCGUGUGAAGCGGCUCCCGAGAAGAGGACUCUGUCGAGCCUCCUCGCCGGCCGCGUGGCGAAGAGGCCGAAGCGGGAAGAUGCUGGCGGUCUGCAGCAGGCGGCGAUCCAGCUGCUGGAGCAGCAGCAGAACAUCUGCGCUCUGCUCAGGGAGGUCGGGGUGAGCGAGAGGCCUUCGGAUACAGAUCCGUGGGACGUUCUCCACACUCGGAACGGCGAGCAGAAACCGACUGGAGGCGUCCCGUCCGCCGCCUCGGCCGCCCUGCUGGUGCGGGAGCUGCGGCGGCGGGCCGGCCGGCUGGGCGUCCCGGCGGCGGCGCUGUCGGUGACGAUGGUGGUGGAGAGGCUGAAGGAGAUCGUCGGCGAGGGAGAGGACGAGGCGAGGGGGCUCCUCACCUCCUCCCAGCGCGUCCAGCUGUGCGGCCUGCUGGAGUCCAGCAGAGAACUGCUGUCACGAGGGGCGCUGUGCCCCAAACUGCUGUGGCAGGAGUACCGGAGGGAUCAGAGCGUUCCCGACCUGGAGGUGGUGUGCCAUCUCCACUUUUACAACAUCCUCACCUUGAGGCACAUCAUAGAGAGUGAUGAAGACGCGAGGCCGUGGUUGGUGUCUCAGCUGAAGGCUCUGUGCGGCUGGACGCCUGCGCGUGGAGGCGAGGAGACCAAGAAGAUGCUCUCGACGGUGGUCGGCGUCCUGGUGGGGAGCGGCUUUGAGCUGAGCCCGAGGCCGGCGGCCGCCGACAGGAAGGCGCAGCUGCUCUGCUGCUCGGCGCUGGACGACCUGCUCUUCUGGCUGCUUGACACUGUGGAAAGGGGUCCGAUGCCGCGGUGUGCUGCAGCUGAGCUGUGGCUCGAGGUGUUCGACGCCUCGCUGUGUGGGGUUUCGGCCUCGGGAGAGGCCCUUCAGCGGUUCUUCACACACUCGCUCACCCAGACUCUCACUUACAAGCCGCAAUUAACCGUGUCCGAUGCCGUCGCCCUGCAGAACGAGUGGACCUUCGCCAAAUCCAACGCGCUGUUGACCUCUCUGUUCCGCAAGCUGGCCGUGGUCUUCGGUGUGGAGCAGCUGCUGCGACACCUGCGGCAGGUUCUGGAGACCCGCGAGGUGAACUGGAAGCACGUCCUGUGCUUCCUGUCCACGCUGCUGGUGUGCAACCCGGGCGCGCAGCUCCGCCUGAGAGAGCUGCUGUCCGGACUGCUGAGCUCGGCGUUUGAAGGCUACGACUUGGAGAGCAUGAUCACCGCUUUCCUCUUGGCGCGCCAGGGAGCGCUGGAGGGACCCGCCGUCUUCCCGUCCUACGGCAGCUGGUUCAAGAUGUCGUUCGGGGGAGGCGGCGGCCCCCAUGCGGCCAGUAAGAAAUCCCUGGUCUUUCUGCUGAAGUUCCUGUCUGACCUGGUGCCCUUUGAACCCCCGCAGUACCUCAAGGUCCACAUCCUGCAGUCUCCAUACGUACCUGUGAAGCACCGGAGUCUCCUGAUGGAGUACGUCUCUCUGGCCAAGACCCGGCUGGCUGACCUCAAGGAGCCAGUGGAGGACAUGGGUUUAUACGAGGACGUCUCUGGCGAAGGCGCGGCGUCAUUGCAGGUAACGGCGGCGGCGCGACCGCGUCGCUUUAACGACGGCCAGGCGGUGCAGGACGUGGAGAAGGCCGUGUCUCUGUUUGAAAGCACAGGGAGAAUCUCCGCCACGGUGAUGGAGGCCAGUAUAUUCCGGCGGCCGUACUUCCUGACGCGCUUCCUUCCCGCUCUGCUGAGGCCGAGGACGCUUCCCGUCCAGGCCGACGCGCGGACGAGCUUCAUCGAGGCUCUGAGAAAGGCAGAUAAGGUUCCCGCUGCCCAGUAUUCCCAGUAUGUGGAGUCCUGCCAGAAACGGAGGCACGAGGACGCCGGCGCCGCGUGUUCGGACACCGACGAUGAGCCCGUGGAGGCUCUGAGCGUCCAGCUGCAGGAGCUCACGCAGCUGCUCGAUGAGGCGAGUGAGGGAGAGCUGUCCGCCCGGCUGUCCCGGAUCGCCCACGCUCUGAGCGCCGUCUUCCCCGGUGGUCCCGUCGAGCUCCCCGGGCGCCGCGCCACCGUGGUCGACGUGAUCCUGAGGAGCUUCUGCCAGUGCGUGAUCAACGCCUCCAGAGCGAAGCCUCCCAACAAGCAAAGCUCUUGGGCCUCCAUGUUUGUCGGCACGCUGCUCGGCAACGCGCAGCUCCUCUCCGCCCUCGUGCACCGACUCCGGGACCUGUUCCGCAACCAGGCGUCUUCGCUGGGCGCCGCCCACCAGCUCGGCCUGGCGGCGUUGGCGGUGCAUCUCCACGCCGGCGCCCCCCGGGGUCCUCCGGUCCGGCUGCCGGGGCCGGUGCGCGUCGACGAAGCCCUCAGCUCGGCCCUGGUCUGCGGCACGCGCGCCGGCAUGCUCUUCUGCGUCAGGUUGUGCGUGGCUGCUUUGUCCUACGGGAUCUGCAGAGGGGACGCGGUGCCGCCGGAGCAGCGGCAGAACUACGUCCUCAGCGGCUUCUACAAGAAGGUGUCUCUCCUUUUUUUUUUUUUUUUUUUUCCCUCUUCUUUUACUUUCAGUCCCAUUUCAAGCACGGACAAACCCAAAGGCCAGUGGCUCGGCGCCGCGGCGGGCGCCACCUGGAGGGAGGCCGCCGGGUCCCUGUGGAGGCACCCGGCGUUCCGUCAGCUGCAGCGCGAGCCGCAAUACCAGUUGCCGCUGUCCGAAUGGCUCGCCGCGGAGCUCAGCGUUCAGAGAGGUGACGACGCGCUGUCGGACCCAGAACGUCAGGAGUACCAGCAGUGGGCCUGCUGGGAGCUCUACCUGCCCCGUCCGGAGGAGCAGGGCGGCUGUGGAGGAGACACGAGGAUCCUCUGCUCUCACCUGCUCCGCGCCGUCAUGGACCAGCAGCUGAGCAGCCGGAGUGUGGAGACGCAGGAUGUCAGAGUGUCCGUCACAGGCACCUGUCUGCCGGACAUCCUGUCCCGCCUACAGGAGCUCGUCUACGAGAUGCAAGUGACCGACCUCCGCCACGGAACCGCCCGACCCGGCGUGUGCGACCUCCUGCUGGAAUCGGCGUCCCGGCGAUGCGCCUCAUCAGCCCCGGCGGGCGGCAGCGCGGAGCUCGGCCUGCAGCGGGCGCUGGACGCGUGGAACAGGGUGGUGCUGGCUCUCCCUGCAGCGCUGCUGGUUAAAGUGAAGCCCGACGGAGGCGGCGCGACUCUGGAGGUCGACGCGCUGGUGGAACACGUCAACCGGCUCCAGAGACGGGCCUGUUCCCCGGUCGGCUUGCUGUCCUGCCACCUGACGUCACACUUCCUGAGAGGGCUGCUGUGUGCCGGCGCGCGCUGCGGACGCCCCGGGGAAGAAGUCAACAACGCCUGGUCCCAGAUCAGUGUCUGCUGUCCGCUGCUCCUGGUCUCCGCCGCGCACUGGUGGGAGCGUCUGUCUCCGGUGCUGUCGUCCCUCUGGCGGCGUCUGUGUGACGGAGAGCUUCUCCCGGCGCAGCUGCAGCUCCUGGAGGACUGUCGCACCUGGGCCUGCAGGCUGGAGGAGGGGCAGCUGCUGCCGGCGGCGCCAGCGGCUGCUGCUGCUCUGCUGCUGGCUGCCAGCCUGCACCGGGCCUGGCGAGGCAGCGUGAGCGGUGGGCGGGGCCUCAGCGAGCUGCACCGACAGGUGCUGGUCUUCCUGCUCUUCCUGUGCGUUAAGGACCAUCUGUCAUCCCUCCUGGAUCCACAGGAGGAGACCCCCCGCGGGGCGGCGUCGGCGGCUCUGUGCAGCGACCUGCUGCUGGCCUUGGUGGACUGCGCCGACUGGCUCCUCCUCUUCCAUCCAAGUGAACGAGGCGUCUACCAGCCCAUCGCCGCGGUGAUGUCGGACCAGUUCGCCCGACUGAUGCCGUGGGCCUUCUACAGCCUGCUGCUGCGGCAGAGCGACGAGCUGCGGCGCCGCGCGGCGCGCAGCCCGGCUUCCUCCGCACCGCCGUCCCCUGCUACGCCGGCCUGCUGCGGCUCUUCCUGGAGGGAGGCGUGGCCGAACCCCUCAGGUGGAGCCUUUCGGGAUUCUGAGCCGCGCCAAACAGUUUAUCUUGGGAGCGAUCCCGCAGAGGCCGCCGGGGGCCGUGUCCUCCAGUGGAAUCAGGGAGCUGGAGUCCCAGUGCUCAGACCUGGACCCCGAGGUGGCAGCGGCUCUCUCCAUGCACCUCCAGCCCGAGAGCCUCAGCCCAGAGAUGGACUUCCUCUAACAGAUGCCAAGACACCGGAUCUUCUCACCUGCACCUUGGUGGUUCUGACUCGACCGCCUCCCAGAAACAGAACUAAAUACUGCUUUGUAAAAGAAUUCCUACGUUUUAUUUAUACGUAUUUUUCUACAUAAUGCACACAGGACACAUGAACAUCAGAAGCCCUUUUAGCGCCAAUAGCAAUGUAACGCAAUAACUUAAUAGAAAAUAAAACACAGGGAAUCGUUUUGUCCAAAA